AUGUCAGACAGACGGAUUUUCAAUGAAUCUGAACUGAAGACCUGCCUCGAAGAUGGCACAAUAAACUUUCCAACUCCUGGGUCAUUGCCGAAUGAUGACCGUGACAUACUAUUCUUCCUACUCGGGGAUGAUGCAUUGCCCUCAGAACUCCACAUGAUGAAGCCAUAUUCAAUCAGGGCACUCACCAAGGAGCAACGGAUCUUGAACUAUUGUAUUGCUCGUGGAAGAAGAGUAGUUGAAAAUGCGUUUGGCAUUCUGGCUCAGCGAUUUCAAGUUCUACUUUCAACGAUGCAGCUGAUGCCUAAUUCAGUCCUGGAUGUGAUUGAAGCAUGCAUUUGUCUUCACAAUACAAUGCAAGACCGAUAUCCAAAGCUACAGAAUGCUGCACUUGACACUGAAGACGAAAACCACGACCUCAUACCUGGAGAAUGGAGACAACCAGCAAAUAAGCACGAUGUUGCACAAGUAGUUGGACCAAACUGA